CUUCCCUCACAAACGAACUGGACGCCAAAAAACUGUAGCAUCAGCUCUAAACCUGCGAUGGUAGUUAACGAAAAACCCUAUAAUCAUCUUCUUCCCAAUUCGCUCAUCAAUUGGUCACCAUAACCGUCUUCUUCAUCAGGUGCUGCAACGUGAACAUGGUUCAACAGGUUUGGGAGGAAAAUCACAAGAGAAGAGCGACCAAUUAAGAUAACAAGGAUUUACUAAAGCUCACUCUCUUGAAAUUAGUUAGUUUAGAAUAUGCUAAUGCCUUCUCUGCAAAUUUACAUAUUCUGAGCUUUAGGGAAGUUUGUGGUAUGUAUUAGGGAUAGGGGUAAAAUUCUGCGGUCCAUGCUAUUAAUCGAAGAUAUUUAAAUUCCAGCUCAACACUAGGCUUGAUAUCUAUACUGGAUUAGAGUUGCUUUAGUUACUGGACUAAUAUGAUACAAGGGAAAGUAUUUCUUCGCACAACCAGCAUUGUGUAUAAUGGCACCCUGUAAAUCAUGGAUAUUAAAGAUGACAAAUGUAAUCAAUAGGAUCUUCCUUCAUGAUAGAAAAACUAAGAAGUUUAUUGUUAUAAUCAGUCUAUCAUCUUUUCAUAGGAAAGCAGUCUUUGUAGGUUACAUGAAUACAGAAACUAAGAAGUUUAUUGCUAUAAUAAGUUUGUAUUCUUAUGUUGGCAGCCAUGUUCUAUACUUUUAACAAAGGUACCUUCCUAAUCUUUCCUAGCCCUCGCUAUCUGUUCUCAAUCUUAAUGCAUGAAACUGGACGAAAAUGUUUAUAAUUCUACUCUCCAAGUUGUUGUCUUAAGCACACUUGUCUAGUUAUAUGUUUGUUUUUUGAAGUUAUGACAGUCUUUGGUUUCUCUCUUUUCAAGCUCUACAUGCCUAAAUGUUAAACUAUUUCCUAAAUGUUUUUGGUUUCUCUCUUUUCACUAUGCUAUAAUCAGGCAUACGAGGGCCAUGGGGCUGCUGCUUUACUACAAUAGGGUGCUCACCAUUCAUUGCAUUGUUAAUAGGCACGGUUUGUGAUUUCCGACGGUCCUGAAUACGUCAAACAAAUACUCAAGCAUGCUAGUAAAAGUUGGAGGCAGUACAGUUUAAACACUCUCUCAAAUCAAGUCACUAUAAACCAGAGGAGAAGAUACUCGAUGAGAUGUGCAAUAUGGAUCCACCGUACGGAAUUACUAGUAAUCAGUUGAUAAAGUUGGUUAAGCAUUGGGAUUCGCAAGAACGGAAAAAAUUGUCAGAAUUGGGGAAAGAAGCAUGAGCCUCCCUAAAUCAACUUCACAGAUAUGGUUCGAAGAGCUUCGCGAACAAGCAAGCUGAUUAUGUAUGAAUCGUGAAUAUAAUAGCUUUUUAUAUAUUUCAUAUUUAGGAUUAAUUAGGCCUUUCACUUAUAUUUUGCUUGAAUAAUGUGAAUGUUUCGACUUCUUUAUGGAAAAAUAUGAAUGUUUCACAUCUUAUCUUGUUGAUUUUUUAAAAAAAAAAAAUUAUAUUAAUAAAAAUAAUAGGAAGAUGAGCAUGGAGAAAAAAUGAGCUUGUUAGGUGUUUGGAAAAAAACUCAUAUGGGCAAGGAUGGAAGCUUUAUACCCGAGACAGUCACAGCAGAUUUUGUGGAUGAUGCAUAUGCCAAGUUGGAAUCGUUGAAACAAGCAUGCCCUUCUAAGUCUAACUUAGAACUCGAAGAUGAAGCCUUUGAGCACACCAUGUACGGUGGAGAGAUUCCAGAACGUCCCGUAGGCUAUGGACUUGGAGUUCGAAAGGGCGACAUUUACGGUGUGCAUGGUGUUCUGAAUAAGCAAAAGGUUCGAAAGAGGACUGUGGUUGUGGAGAAGGAUAAAGAAGAAUUUUCCGUUCUUAAGAAGGAAAAUAGCUUGUUGAAAGCCCAAAUUCAAGAGAACAACUCUCUACUCAAAACGCUAGUUGGACAAUUUUCUCAACUAGUAGGUAAAGUUCGUAAAGGAGAGGCUUCAAUGCACCUUUUAGAUUGUGCACAAACAGUCUUAGAAGUGAAAAACCAAAAGGUACUCGAAAAUAAUAAUAAAAGUCCAACAGAUCAAGAACAAGAGGACAACUUGAGGCUUCAAAUUGACUACCAUCACUGUUUUGCUAGAUCUUAGUAUUAGUUAGUUUUGUAAGGCUACAACUACAUUUUUAGUGUGUUUUAAUUUUGUGGUAUUUUUAGUAACAUAUUAGUUAUGAAGUAUUAUUGAUGAACGUGUGUAGGAAUUUUAAUUGUGCGAACUACGUUUUUUAUUUAUGAUUACAUAUACAUUG